AUGGCCACUCACAACAUAGCAUCCUCAUAUUUACGCGGGAAGCCAGCAAAAAGACGUCGGUUUUUCGUCGAAGAUGAGGAUGAUGUUACCCAAAACGAGCCUGUACAUGGCAUCGAUGCGUCGUCAGGGACGGCUCCCUCACGCAACAGUUCAGCGGUGGGCUUUUUGAACCCUGAAGCCUCUUCUUCCGGACCUUGUGAUACCACGGAACCCGCUGUUGUUGAUGAAAGUGGAUUUGACAUUGAUCUAUUUGCCAGCAUUGUAGGGCAACCAGUUGAUUUGAGUACAAUACAAAAGAUUCGGCUGGCAGCGAAGGAUGAUAUGCAAACUGCGAUUAACCUUUAUCUCGACGGCUCUUGGGAAGAGGAGAAUGUAAUCAGACCAUCUUCAACGUUAUCUUCCACACCAAACACAACUGUUAUCGAGCCAACGGAAGAAUCAGAUACCGAGGCUCCAGAUCUUAUGGUUGUGGAUACUGCAGAGGACGAUGUUGAAGAUGACCCUAACAUUACUACUGCUAACCCUGAAUUCCGGUAUAUAGGCGCAUUUGGUGUUGGUGCAUGGACGACGAGGAGUGGUACGAAUUUGGUGAAGCAUGGAGAGUCAGUCUAUAUUGAACGGACCAAAUUACAACCGUCUAUGAAGUAUGGGAGGGGAGGGAAACCUGUUCCGCGGACGUCGAACCAAAAAGGGGAUGUGAUAACGCGGUUCACUAAUAAAAAUGGUGAAGAAAUUGGUAGACUUCCCCGAGAAACGGCUGAGUGGGUUUCCACAUUGAUAGAUCAAAAGAUAUGUCGCUUUGAGGGAGUCUGUGUUUUUGCGCCGGAUCGGAUCCGUGUCAAUGAUACCAUAUACCUUCAGUUGAGAUGCUUUCUUUUGAGGGGGGCUUUUCAGCAGAAAUCUUUUACUGCCCUCGGAGAUGAGAAUGGCCCCCCGAGGCUAUUCGAGGAGCAGGAAACAUCAGAGGAGAAGGCCCUUCGUCUGCGGCAAGUGGCAUUAGUCAAGCUUUUUGGCGAGAUAAACCUUGAACCAACUUCAAUUAAUGAAAUAACGGCACGCCACAAGAAGGAAGGCUUGCUUCAGGCGGCGGAGAUGAGCGAGAAGUCCAAAUAUUCACCAACCUCCACCUCGCAGCAAAACAGCGGGAACGAAUCGUCAGACGAUGAAGAUGGCGAGAAGCUAGAUGAAGAUCAACUUGAUGCGCUGUACCAGAAAGCGCAGUCUUUUGACUUCAGCACCCCUGAAAUGGAACCAGGAUCAGAUUUUAUUUUAAGUCUUCGAAAAUAUCAGAAGCAAGCUCUGCAUUGGUUGCUUGGGAAAGAAAAACAUGUCCAACGGAGGGAGAAACAGUCAAUGCAUCCAUUGUGGGAAGAAUAUUCUUGGCCUACGAAGGAUAUGGAUGAUCAGCCGCUUCUCCGUGUACGUAACCACGAUAAAUUUUACGUCAAUCCAUAUUCUGGCGAGCUUAGCUUGGAAUUUCCUGUCCAAGAACAGAAUUGCCUGGGUGGCAUUUUAGCAGAUGAAAUGGGUCUUGGGAAAACUAUUGAAAUGCUAAGCUUGGUGCACUCCCACAGGUCUGAGGUAGUCAAACCUCAGAUUGCUGGAUUUGAGAGCUUAUCGGCAAUGUCACUCAUUUCUUCUUCCAAGCCUGUACCAGCUCCGUAUACUACAUUGGUCGUUGCUCCAACUUCUCUUCUCGCGCAAUGGGAAAGCGAGGCUAUGAAGGCUUCAAAGCCAGGAUCAAUGAGGGUUCUUGUUUACUACGGAAGUGAUAAAACGGCUGAUUUGAGAAAACUCUGUUCAAUUUCUAAUCCCAAUUCUGCUCCAAAUUUGGUAAUUACGAGCUACGGUGUUGUUCGUUCAGAACAUAGCCAGUUCUCCAGUCGUUCUCCUGUUGGGUCUUAUGGGGGCCUUUUUUCCGUGGACUUUUUCCGUGUUAUUCUCGACGAAGCUCAUUAUAUUAAAAACCGGGCAUCUAAAACUGCUCGAGCAUGUUAUGAUAUCAAGGGCACCCAUAGAUGGGCCCUUACGGGUACUCCUAUUGUCAAUCGACUUGAAGAUCUUUUCAGCCUUGUGCGGUUUCUCAAGGUUGAGCCGUGGAGCAAUUUCUCUUUUUGGAAAACUUUCAUCACCGUCCCCUUUGAGUCCAAGGAUUGUGUGUGUGCACUAAAUGUUGUGCAAACUGUUCUUGAACCACUUGUCCUACGUCGAACCAAAACUAUGAAAACACCUGAGGGUGAAGCUCUGGUUCCACUACCACCUCGAACCAUUACAAUUUCCGAAGUCGAACUUUCUACCCAAGAACGGGAAAUAUAUGACCUAAUAUUUAGUCGAGCGAAACGAACAUUUAAUGAUAAUGUAGCUGCCGGCACUCUUUUGAAGUCGUACACAACUAUAUUUGCGCAGAUUCUUCGCCUCCGACAGACAUGUUGUCAUCCUGUGCUUACUCGAAAUCAAGCCAUUGUUGCAGAAGAAGAGGAUGCAGCUAUUGCUUCUGAUGAUAUCAACGUUUUCAAGGAUGAUAUGGACCUCCAGGAGCUCAUAGACCGUUUUACAAUAUCUACCUCUAACGCUGAUCCAGAUGGCCAACAAGAUCCAACCCACAAAUUUACCACCCACGCACUUCAACAGAUACAGACAGAGUCAAGUGGGGAAUGUCCUAUUUGUACAGAUGAGCCUAUGGUAGAUCCCGCUGUCACGUCCUGUUGGCAUAGUGCUUGCAAGAAAUGUUUGGUAGAAUACGUGCAACACCAGAGGGAUAGAGGAAAAAUUCCUCGUUGCUUCUCAUGCCGUGAGACUAUAACCAUUCGAGAUAUCUAUGAAGUAUUCCGUCAUAAAUCUCCAAUACAAAGCCCCGGUGAAGGUGAUUUGCACAACGGUACUUCGCCAACUUCGUCCUCGCCUGCACCCCGCAUUUCGCUGCGCCGCAUAAACCCCCUGUCGCCCACAGCUCAAACUUCAGCAAAAAUCCAGGCCCUAAUCUCCCACCUGACUAAACUUCCAUCAAACGACAAGGUCGUGGUCUUCUCUCAAUUCACCUCUUUCCUCGAUCUCAUUGGGCAUCAAUUAACAUGCGCGGGCAUCUCACACCUCCGUUUCGACGGCUCCAUAUCCCAGACGUCCCGUGCAGCAGUUCUUGCCAAAUUCUGCUCUGUUGCUGUAGCUGACGACAAGGACGACGAUGAUGAAGACAAGCGCCAAUCCAAGCUCCCGUCAUCCAACAAUCAUGCCAAAGAAUCGCCACCAAACGUCUUGCUGAUCAGUCUGCGGGCUGGAGGCGUCGGGUUGAAUCUUACUACUGCCAACCAUGUUUUUAUGAUGGAUCCAUGGUGGAGCUUCGCAACUGAAGCACAGGCGAUCGAUCGGGUUCAUCGUAUGGGUCAGCUGCGAGAUGUAACAGUAACGAGAUUCAUCGUGAAGGAUAGUAUCGAGGGCCGAAUUUUGAAGAUCCAGGAACGAAAGAUGAUGAUCGCCGGAUCGUUGGGAUUGCGGGUUGGGGGGAAUGGGGGUGAGGAAGAACGAAAGAAGGAAAGGAUUGAGGAGUUGAGGUUGUUGUUUGAAUAG